GUGACUAUACAAUGGAUGUUGUAGGCCCUUAUGAUGCUGAUGAAAAUGAUGAAUUCCUUUUCGUCUGCUGGAAACAAGCAAGCAGCCUGUCCUAGCUUCCCUACAUCUCUCUGCAUCUCAUCCAUGGCGAUGAAAGAAUCUCUGGUUUUGCCUGGGACAUCUCAAUCUCAUGAGUCUGCCCAGCGUUGCCCUUCUCUGAAGCAGCUGUUUUCCAAAAUAGAAACCAUAUUGCUUCGCCAUUUUGGCGCUGCAAGCAAAUACAAGAGGCUUGAUGCAAAGCUAGAAAAGAAGAUGAUGGAAGUCAAGAGAUCAUCAUCUUCCUCUGCUGCUGCUUCUUCGUCUGGGUCUAAAAGAACUUUCAAAUCCAUGAACACCAUUAUCAUGAGGUUCCCUCAGUUCAAGCAACAGCUCAAAACCAUCAGUGCCGUUUUCCAACAGUUUGAUGAAGAUGGAAACGGCAGCAUCGAUCGCGAGGAGCUCAAGAAAUGCCUAGAGAAGCUGCAGCUGAUCAACCUCAAGGAGUCGGAGAUGGACGAUCUGUUCCAUUCCUGUGAUUUUGAUGGAAGUGGAGGGAUCCAGUUCAAUGAGUUCAUUGUCCUCCUCUGCCUCAUCUAUCUUUUGGCACACCCAUCUCCCAACAACCAUAAUGAUGGGCGAAUGCAGGCGUCAAAGAUGGGUUCGCCAGAGCUGGAGGCAACCUUUGACACCAUUGUUGAAGCAUUCUUGUUUCUGGACAAGAAUGGAGAUGGGAAGUUGAACAGGAAAGACUUGGUGAACGCGUUGAACGAUACUUCCCCGUGGGAGAAAUCUCCAUUGAGGAUCACCAAGUCCAGAUUCAAGGAAAUGGACCGGGACAGGAAUGGGAAGGUUGGCUUCAGGGAGUUCCUGUUUGCACUGAUUCAGUGGGUUGGCAUUGAGGCUGAUGAUGAUGAAGAAUAGCAGAGAUCCCAAUGAAUGGAACAUUCUUCAUAUUCUUUGUUCUUGACUUUGCAAGUGAUUUGUUAAGUUUAGAUCAUACAGUAACUAUGGAGAUCAUCGUUUCGAAAAACCUAAAGGAUUUAACUACAUUCAAAUGUAUGACACUGAAGUUACAGAAACCGAACAGCUAAAAAAAAAGGGGGAAAAAGAAAGCAAACUUCAAAGUGAAUCACCAGGUUUUCCUCAUUUCUGCAUAUGGGAUUCUCAAUAUAAUAAAUUUUGUUAUGCAUUUCUAUAUUAUCGAAUUCGGAGUCUAGACAUGGUCAGUGGAGUAGUUCAUUCAUUAGGAGAUAAUAAUUCAAAAGGGAUUGCUUGACUAGUCGGUUGGUUUCCAUUGGACGAAGAAUCAAUAGAUUUAUUCUGUCUGUACCGAAAUUUGAUAGAAAGAUCAUAUUGUUUGCUUUUUAUUUUGUUUUGUUUUGGGAGUGAAUAUUGUUUGCUUUUUUAAUGGUAUUUUGGAUUGGAUUAGUGAGUAGUGGCCUAGUGGGUCAAUGAUCAAUCACGAUUCGUACCACAUCAGACCCCAUAAGCCAAACCAAACCUUCAUUUUGGAUCAUACAGUUUGGUCUAGAUUUUCGAUCCUAGAACGAACAUGCCUCUAGAAAAAGCAUGUCCGUGAAAGUGUAACGGGUCGUUUGGAUACAGUAUUUUGAUGAAGUAAUUUGGUCGAAAUAACUCAGAAUGAGGUAUUUCAAUUAAAAUAACUCGUUUGGCAAAAAUAAAGUAGAAUGUGGUAUUUUGUUCAUGAGUCAAUUGAAAUAACUCAUUGUGAGUUAUUUGAAAUACCUACCCACCCCCUAGUUAUUUCAAAUACCUAUCUCCCAAUUUCUUUUUCCACUUCAUCCCUUCUUUACGUGGUGAAAUACCACAAUAUUUGAAUGUUUUAUCCAAACAAGACAAUUACAUCAAUUACUACAUUUCAAAAUGAAAUACUACAUGAAAUGCCACGUAACAAAAUAAUGCAUUAUUUGGAUUCGAAAUACUAUAGAACCAAAAUGAUGCAUCCAAACGACCCGUAUAAGUCAUAAGCUGACCGUUCAUCAAUUUGAAUUAGGGAUGGCAAAAAUAUCCGUAACCGUGGAUAUCCACCCGAAUCAGACCUAAUCGGGUAGGGUAAAACCCGAACCCGAAGCAUUUUUCGUGGGUACGGGUAAAACCCGAACCCGAAUGUUACGGAUAAUGGGUGGGCAUGGUUAUCUCACUAUCCAACCCGAACCCGCCCGAUUAUACACAUGCAUAUGUAUUUUGUCUAGAAAUAAUCAUUAUUUUUCUCU